AUGAUCACGAUGACAACUGAUUUGGUCAUAGAACGUCGAACGACAUUGAGAUACUCUAGAUUUGAACGGACGUGGUUGUUCCAUUCCAUUAUGGAACACUGUCAGAUUUUUAGUGUCAACCGAUCAUUUUUGGAACACAAUUACGAAUCCAAGAUAGACUUUUAUGGAUCAAACUCACCAAAUGUUGCAAAGGUAUUCCUUAUUUUGAAGGCCUUGAACUUGGACUUUAAUUAUCAUCAUGUUAAUUGGAGAGCUGGUGAUCAGUAUCGUCCAGAAUUUGUAAAGAUCAAUCCAAACUCAAAGUUACCUGCAAUUGUUGAUCAUGAUGUACAGGGCGAACCAAUAACUGUGUUUGAGAGUGGCAAUAUCCUACUCUACCUCGCCACCAAACACGGCAAGUUCGUACCCAAUGCGCUGACUCAGACCCGUGAGCACACCGAGGUCCUCAACUGGCUAUUCUGGCAAAUGGCCAACUUGGGUCCAAACUUUGGCAACUGGUUCCACUUUGCCAACUACGCCAAGGACAAGCUGGAGUACCCCAUCACCAGGUUCCACAACGAGCUGCGUCGUCUGUUCCACGUCCUCAACAACACACUUGAGCAUCGCAAGUUUGUCGCAGGCAAUGAUUUCUCUGUUGCCGAUGCCAGCAUCUUCCCUUGGGUGCGUAUAUUCAACUAUGUGCCCGAGUUCACCGCGGAGGAGUUCCCACAUGUAGUCAGAUGGUUGGCCACUGUGCGUGAGCUGCCAUUCGUACAACAAUGGGAGGCUGAUGACAAGGAGUACAACAUCAAGUAUCCCUUCCAACUACCAACUGAGGAGCAACGCAAGUUUAUGUUCCUUGUCGAUGGUCGCCAAAACAUCACACAAUCAACACAAGCA